CAAACCCAAGAAAACACCUACCAGCAAGACCGGAGUUGGCGCUCGCAGCAGCAGCAGUGGUCGGUCAACCGGCAGAAUGAUAUCCAGGCUGCUGCUGCUGCCAUGGGGGAAAACAGUACUUGGUUCGGAGAUGGUGAUGGUGAUGGUGAACCGGUACCGGAAAUGGCUCCGCCUCAUCAGGAGAUGGCGGUUUUUGAACGGGAUGUGGAUGUCUCACCCGUCAGCUCGAGGCGGUUUUACAGUAUGCAUUAUGGUUAUGGACCGCGGCCGGAGGAUAGGGGGCGGCCUCUGUAUGAGACUGAUACGGGGAGCAGUAGUAGAAACCGGCGCGGUGAUGGGAAGGGCGGUGUUCAAUCACAUCAUCAACGCAAGAAGACCCGGUCAGUAAUCAACUUUAUGCGAUGUAGAGUGAAGAGGAGUAUACGAAGAAUGGGGAGGCUGUUGAAGAGAUAGAAUCGGGUUGGGGUUGGGGACUUCGAUUGUGCUGGCGUUGUGCGGUAUACCACUUUUUGAGCUUGAUGGGUGUGUAUUGGGACUCUUGAUUGUUGUUGGGAGAUCGAUCAUUGCAGUUGUUGCGAUG